CAUAAAUCAUAAUUACCGUUAACUUUUGGAGCCGUCAAUUACUCAACAUUACUUUUAAAUUUUAAAUCAUUUUCGUGAUCGUCAAUUUAAAUAUUCAAAUUCUGAAUUAUAUUAUUAAUCAAUAAGUUAGGUACGAAGAUUGACGAUUGUUUGGUCAAUCGAAAAUCCCUUGACAUUUUCACCAUCAUGACAUUUUCCCACACCUCCGAUUCUCCGCGGCCCAUUCCUUCCCUCCCGAUUUCAAAUAACGUACCUCUUCAGUUGAUAACCCAGGGAAUCCCCUUGCCCGCGCUCACAUCCCCACGUGCAAGGCAAAACAACCACAUCCUCUAGCCCCAGAAAAUGUGGUCCCCAGAGGAUCGAAUAAUAGUCCUAAUCGACAUGGACUGUUUCUUCUGCCAAGUGGAGUCCCGCGAUCAGCCGCACCUUAAGGGUCAGCCCUUGGUGGUCUCCCAGAACAACGUAGUCCUCGCAGUGAGUUACGAGGCGCGCGCCCUGGGCGUCACCAGAUUCCUGAGAUCCGAGGAUGCCAAGGAGAAGUGUCCCUCGGUGGCCAUCGUCAACUCGCCGAUAUCCCACGGCAAAUCCGACAACACGAAGUACAGGGCGGCAGGCCAGGAGGUGCUCCAGGUCCUGAGGCAGCGCUGCCCAACGAUAGAGCGUGCCAGCAUCGACGAGGCGUACCUGGACAUUACGAACCUCGUGGAGGAGCGCCUGGAGUCGACUGCCACCUCCUCCAGGGACCUGGAGGCUCCCCUCGCCAACACCUUCGUCGUCGGCUACAGCGGGGCCUCCAACGACGAGUCCGCGCGCUCGGAGGGCCUCCAGCGAUGGCUGGAGGAGGUCUUCGACGACCCGAGCGACGACCAGUCGAGGCGACUGGCCACCGCCGCGGUGAUCGUCGAGGAACUGCGAGGGGAAAUCCUCCAGAAGUGCAGCUUCACCUGCUCCGCUGGGAUAUCCUGCAACAAGGUCCUGGCGAAGCUCGCCUGCGGCCUCCACAAGCCCAACAAGCAGACCAUCCUGACGUCUGCCGAGGUCCCAGAGCUCUUCAGCUCGAUCCCAGUCAACAGAGUCAGGAACCUCGGGGGGAAAAUCGGAAAGACGCUGAUGGAGAAUCUGGGGUGUAGAGUCAUGUCUGAUCUCCUGGGGCUCAGCCUGGAGCAGCUGGCGAGGACCUUCGACGAGAGGACCGCCAAGUGGCUGUUCGGUGUGGCCAGGGGAGUGGACCAGGAGCCCGUGACGCCCAGACUGAUAUGCAAGUCCAUCGCUGCGAGCAAGAACUUCUUCGGGAGGGCUGCUAUCGUCGACCUGGAGGGCCUCAGAGGGUGGGUGGGAGAGCUCGCGGGGGAUCUCGAGGAGAGGCUCCAGCAGGACCUGGAGGACAACCGGAGGAGGGCGACGACGCUGACUGUUUGCUAUCACUAUCUUAAGGAGGAGAGGACUGUCUCGCAGGCGAAGAGCUGCGCGAUGGGGGCUUACAGGAGGGAGAGGAUCGCGGAGACGGCUUUCGGUGUUAUCAACAGGGGCGCCCAGAUGCCGAUUGUCUUUAUCUCGCUGGGGGCCACCAGGUUCGUUGGGGUUCAGAAGACUGCGGGGUUCGCGGAGUAUUUCAGGAGGGAGGGGGAGAGAAAAUCGGGGGAGAUGAUAGGGGGGGAGGGGGGAGGGGAGAGGAUUGAGGGGAUUUCUGAAAUUUCUUUGGGAGAGGAGGAGGAGGGGAGUGGGGGGGACGGGGAGAGUCUGGUGAAACUGAAGGAAAUAUUUCCUGAUUUGGAUGAUAUGGACCAUUCGGUGCUGGAGCUGCUGCCGAUUGAGCUGCAAGAUGAAGCUAAAGUGUUUAUGGAAGGGAGGAAUAAGGGUGGUGAGGGUAAAAGUAGAGGUUCUGGGGGUAAAUCCCCUGGAAUGAAGAAUGCGGGGGUUGGUAAGAGGGGAAAUAGUAUUCAGGAUUUUUUUGUUAAGAGUUCUGGCAGUGGUGAUGAUUCUUCGAAGAUUAGGUGUGGCGAGUGCGGCCUGAUGAUCCAGGGGGAGAAGUAUUCUGAGCAUUGCGAUUUUCAUGUUGCCCAGAAUUUACAGAAGAGGAUUAAUCGGGAUUUGGGGGAUUCUGUGAAGAGGAUCAAGGAAAAGAGCUCGUCGCCGGAGGGGAGUAAGAAGACUCGAAGCAUUGAUUCGUAUUUUGGGAAAUUGAAGAAUUAAUAAGUAAUGAAGAAUAGGAUAGAAAGAAGUUGUACGAUUUUUUUUGUUAAAGAAUUCAUUCUGUGGUGGAGCUGCUGCCCAUUGAGCUACAAGGUGAAACUAAAGUGUAUAUGGAAUUGAAGAAUUAAUCAUUUCAAAUUAAAAACUCAAUAGAAUGGACAUAAAAAUGUCAUAAAAUGAAGAUUCAGUGACAGUCAAAAAAUAUAUCUCACAUCGCAGAAUAAAAUCUAUUACUGUAAAAGUCCAAUUCUUGUUAAAUAUAAAAUAAGUAUUCAAGAGUAAUAAUUGAG